GCGCAAGUACUUCCUCAAUCGAAGGAAUCACAGAACGAGAAACGGGAGGAAGAGAGCAACCACGACAAGCAAACGGUAACAAGAAAAGACACGUUUUCAAGUCGAGGUGGCGCAGGGACCGGUCACCAUGGCGCCCUUCUUGCGGAUCGGCUUCAACUCCUACGACCUGGGCGUUCUAUCUCCCCUGGCUGACCCCCCCUUCUGUGCCAUCAAGAUGAAGGAGGCCCUCACCACUGAGAGGGGUAAGACCCUGGUCCAGAGGAAGCCCACCAUGUACCCAGCCUGGAAGUCCAGUUUCGACGCCCACAUCUACGAGGGUCGUGUGCUGCAGGUGCUGCUGAUGAAGACGGCAGAGGAGCCUCUGGCAGAGGUCACAGUAGGGGUGUCCGUCCUCGCCGAGCGCUGCAAGAAGGCCAAUGGACGAGCUGAAUUCUGGGUGGAUCUUCAGCCUUCGGGGAAGGUGAUGAUGGCAGUGCAGUACUUCCUGGAAGGAGCUGAUCCAGAGAGUAAGCAGUCUGUGAAGGAGGAGGAAGGACCCACCAUCAACCGAAGACGAGGGGCCAUCAAACAGGCUAAGAUCCACUCCAUUAAGAACCACGAGUUUAUCGCCACCUUCUUCAGACAGCCCACUUUCUGCUCUGUCUGCCGAGAGUUUGUUUGGGGACUCAACAAGCAAGGCUACAAAUGCCGACAAUGCAAUGCAGCCAUCCAUAAGAAAUGUAUAGACAAAAUCAUUGGAAGAUGCACGGGCACAGCGGCCAACAGUCGGGACACUGUGUUCCAGAAGGAGCGCUUCAAGAUUGACAUGCCACACCGCUUCAAGAACCACAACUACAUGAGCCCCACCUUCUGUGACCACUGUGGCAGUCUCCUGUGGGGCCUGGUUAAACAGGGGCUCAAAUGUGAAGACUGUGCCAUGAAUGUCCAUCACAAGUGUCAGGAUAAAGUAGCCAACCUCUGUGGGAUCAACCAGAAACUACUAGCUGAAGCUCUGACACAAGUCAGCCAGAAAUCCACAAGGCGCUCAGACCCAAACCAGCCAAACCUGCCAGAUAUAGGAGUCUAUGAGGAGGUCUCAAGGAACUUGGCUGGUCUGGAUGUCAAUGACGGCACCCCUUAUGGCAGGCUGUGGGAGGGCACCACCCCCGUGCCACCGACUCGCCUCACCCAUCUGACCCACAUCAACGUGGACAACUUCAUCCUACACAAGGUUCUGGGCAAGGGAAGUUUUGGCAAGGUCCUGCUGGCAGAGUUAAAGGGCAGUGGAGAGUACUUUGCCGUCAAAGCUCUGAAGAAAGAUGUGGUUUUGAUGGAUGAUGAUGUGGAGUGCACCAUGGUGGAGAAGAGAGUUUUAGCUCUGGCCUGGGACAACCCCUUCCUCACCCACUUGUUCUCUACCUUCCAGACUAAGGAGCAUCUGUUCUUUGUGAUGGAGUACCUGAAUGGAGGAGACCUGAUGUUUCACAUUCAAGAGAAGGGUCGCUUUGACCUUUACAGAGCCACAUUCUACUCCGCUGAGAUUGUUUGUGGCCUACAGUUUCUACAUUCCAAGGGGAUCAUCUACAGAGAUCUGAAGUUGGAUAAUGUGAUGUUGGAUCAGGAGGGACACAUCAAAAUAGCCGACUUUGGCAUGUGUAAGGAGAACGUGUUUGGAGAAAACAAAGCCACCACCUUCUGUGGGACUCCAGACUACAUUGCUCCAGAGAUCCUGCUUGGACAAAAAUACUCCUUCUCAGUGGACUGGUGGUCAUUCGGAGUGCUGCUCUAUGAGAUGCUGAUUGGCCAGUCACCUUUCCAUGGUGAUGAUGAGGAUGAGCUGUUUGAGUCCAUCAGGAUGGACACACCCCACUUCCCCCGCUGGAUCACCAAGGAGGCCAAGGACUUGAUGGAGAAGUUGUUUGAGAGGGACCCCACUCGCAGGCUAGGCAUUGUGGGAAAUGUCCGUGUACAGCCCCUGUUCAAGAACAUCGACUGGUCGGCCUUGGAAAGGAGGGAGGUGGAACCCCCCUUUAGACCAAAAGUGAAAGCCCCAAACGACUGCAGCAACUUUGAUCGUGAAUUCCUUAGUGAGAAGCCACGCCUCUCUCACAGCGACAAAAACUUCAUUGAUUCCAUGGACCAAUCAGCUUUUGCCGGCUUCUCCUUUAUCAACCCUGAGAUGGAGCACCUUCUGGAAAAGUGAGGAGCAGACCUUCAUGCCAGUCUCCACCCUGGGCACUGACAUCCCAGAGGUCAAAGGGGAGAGGUGAAACCAGGGUUUAAUUAGUACUGUUUUAGGGUCUGUUCGUCAAGGUGUCUGUUCUGUCCCGUGAUCAAACCUGCAAGUGAGUGAGCGGUACCAUGUUCAGUAUUUUGUGUGCCUAUUCUGUUGUUAAGCACAAACAGUCAUUCUCUGGUACUUGUAGAAAUCACAAGAGUAUAACUUACAAGAAUUGUCCUUUGUACAAAUAAAUAGUUUUGUGAUGCAUGCUAGGGUGUCUAGGUGUUUGUGGGCCGUAUGUAGAUGAUUCUAUUAAUUGCCACCCGCAUUGAAAGUGUCAGUUGAAGUGAGUUAAAGGACCCCUGUUAUAAGACACUCACCAGUUUGAAGAGCCAACACAAGGAGCCUCUGAUUUUCUACCAUUCCUUUGCAGUAAAACCCUGCCUCAAAAUAGAACUGAAUUCUGAUUAUUAAGAUGGCUCCUGUAUUGACACCUGGAACCUUAAAUGUGGGAUACACUCGUUGACAACAAUAUAGUACCAUCACAAGGGAUGUCUGGCUCUUCCAGUGAAUGGAGCACUUUAGUGUGUGUGUGGAUGAAGGUGUUUAGGUUUGUUUGAGUUAUCUGCUUGCACGUCCAAAGACUUCACACCAACAUUCACCUUCUCUCCUACCAAUGCAUUAUUUGACUGAAUCAUUGCUUCUGGUUAUGUCGCAUGAAGAACCUUUCUCAGUCAAUAAGAGAGAUUUGUAAAAAUGUGUGGUUUACUGGUUUGUGUGCCAUCUAGUGUUAAGUAAAUUCAGAAAAUUCAGACAGAGCAACUACAGGUUAGCCAGGUAGACUAGCCUGGCGUUGUGAGUUCACUACACAGUGAACUAAAUACAAGUGGUCUGUCUAGUUAGGUAGGCUAUUAUAUUCCUGUUGUGAAAUAUCUCAUUUAUAGACAUGUAUUAUUUGAAUGAUUUGCGUACUGUUUGCGAUGCUAAACAUUGGAAAGGGACCUAUUGACAUGCUGUAUAGAUAUAUAUGUAUAUUGAUUUAACAUGUAUAUGUUGGUGCGCUUUAAUUAUGUGCUUUUUUACAGUCUCCAUCUUUUACAUCUUAUAAAAAAAAUCAUCCCAAUGUCUGAAGUCAAUCUUUCUGAAAUGUCCCGGCACAAUAAACUUUUCAAAGUA